AUGAGCAUGCAUCAGCAGACCCGCGAGGGUCAUUACAACCCUGCCUCGCCUCAUUCCUCGAGCGGAGCUGCAGAUUCGUUUAAGGGUACACCUGACACUCGACUCACUGCAUUUUCCCCCGAAGAUGGCUCUGCUAGAUCUACACGAGUACUGGGAACCCUCAAUCAUGGUUCCUUGGAGACGGCACCGCCAGCCAUUAAGUACGGGAUGAACGCGUUGCAGUCUUUCGGGCAGCCAAGCAUGUUCAAUCUUGGAACUUGCCACACGGACAAGGAUCCGUUCGUAUCUUCCGCAGAAUCUUCCUUCAAGGGAAGCCAGAAGUUGUCUCCCACUGCUUCUGUAUUCUCCCCUCUGCCUUCGGCGUUCAUUCCUCGCGGCUCAGCAUCUGAGCCUAAGCGAGCAGAUGCUUUCUCCGAGGAUCUGAACCAGGGCUACAGCCAGAUUUCUGGACAAUUGCCACGACCAGCUAGCGUUCCUGCGUCCUCUGACUUCGUCCAUGACAAGCUGAGUACAGAGUCCGGAAUCUCCCGAUGUUUGGUCAUCUCUGCUAGAAUGGGCGGUAAUGUAGCCGCAGGUGAGGUGAACCACUACAUAUCUGGACUACGUCAGAUGGGUACCCCCUUUCAGGGGAAGAACGAGAUCUUCGAGUGUGGCAGCCAGGUGUUCGCUCGAUUUUCCAAUAUCCGUGAUGCAUGCACUGUAUUCUCGAACAUUUCCUUAGGUGGCCGUGACUGGGAUGUCCGUUCAGUUAACCCUCGAGAGUUUUCAUCGGUUGUAGAGCCGGGUGCGGGUCUCGUAACUGCUCACGAAGGACAGGUGUACCUCAGUGUGUUUUCACACUCCAUGCAGCCCAUCACUGUCCAGCAACUCGAGGAGUUUCUAAAGGCCGCUUUGCGCACCGAGGGAGACUUGUAUGCGUUCAAGCCCCAUGAUGGUGUAACGGGAAGCGCAAUGAGCGGAAUCGCCGAAUACUGCGAUAAUGAAAUGUCCCUGCGUGCCGUGGCGAAGCUCAACGGCGUUGUCGUCCAAGGAUUUCAGAUCUGCAUAGUGCUGUACCGACCUGAUGUGACGCCAAACGCUACGCAAAGUGGAGUUGUCGGCUCAACCAGUUCUCUCAAUACGUCGUCAGAUCUGACCUCUGGCUUCCGCCGAAUGUCUAUUGGAAGAUCACAGUCUGUCAUGACAACUCCGGCCAAUUCCUUACUGACUACACCCGCUCGACCAACUAUUCCGGCGAACAGUUUCUCGGUUCCACAGUCUUAUGGGAUGGUGCCUCUGAUGUAUUCACCUCUGUCUAUGAGUCCUUCGUACGUGUUGGAUCAGGGAACGCCGAGAACAUAUGGGAGCGUGUUGCAGCCAAGCAACUAUUCCCUUGUGAGCCCUGCUAUGUCUCAGCACAACUCACUCGCCUCCACAGAUCUCAUGACCCCACGACAAUUCCAGAAUAUCGGUCGCCUGGACGGUCGCCGACAGAACGCGAUGCGAAUCUCACGAUCGCCUUACUACAAUUCAGCUAACCAUGCCAACCACGUAGAUAUCAAUCGCAUUCGAGAAGGCACUGACGUUCGUACAACGAUUAUGUUACGCAACAUUCCUAACAAGGUACAUCAAGCGAUGCUCAAGGAUAUCGUCGAUCAAUCCAGCCGUGGCAAGUACGACUUCAUGUAUCUGCGCAUCGAUUUCGCCAACGACUGCAAUGUUGGCUAUGCGUUCAUCAACUUCGUCGAUCCACUCGAUGUCAUUGACUUUGUGCAAGCAAGAGGCAACCAGAAGUGGAACUGCUUUAGAAGUGAUAAGAUUGCCGAGAUUUCCUAUGCGACAAUCCAAGGCAAGGACUGCCUCGUUCAGAAAUUCCGAAACAGUUCGGUCAUGCUGGAGGCUCCCCACUACCGCCCAAAGCUUUUCUUCACUAUCAAUGGUCCCUACCCCGAGCUGGCAGGCAACGAAGAACCUUUCCCGGAGCCAGACAACCAAUCGAAGAUGAAGCGAAGCUGUGAGAAUGCAGAGCAUGUUGGUCUCUUCACACCCAACGCCGGUCAACACUUCCGUGACGAGCAGCGACGCCGCCGCUCUCAAUUCGAUCGUGGAAACCCACGACUUCAAGAGUAUGAGUAUAAUCCGCCCGCAUACAACCAGGGUUAUUACCCUCAGUAG